UAGCAUAAUUAUGAAAUUACUGAUAACAUUAUGAUAAUAUUUAGUAAUAAUGUAUAAUGAAACAUAUGUUUGUAGAAAUCAAUCCUGUGAAGUUACACCAGUUGGCUUGAGGAAAAGCAUCAAAAAACUAUUUGACAAGAAUAAUGUUAUAAAUGACAGUACAAAUGAUGAAGCUGAAAGCGAUGAUGCUAAAAGCCAUAAAGAUUACGAGACAUCUUGUGACAAUAGUGACAAUGAAGAUUAUAUUAUUGAUAAAGACUAUGACUCAUCAAUUUCAUAUUCACCACAUGAAAGGAAAGGUAAAAAACGGAAGGAUAUUACUCAUGAUAAUACCAGAGAAGACAUAAAAGAAUUAAAACUCAACAGUUCCACUGAGUCUCUUGAUGAAAUAGAAUCCUUACAUAACCAUACUCUAG